AGUGUGAGGACGUGUUAAUAUUUAUCCGUUCUAAAAAGUUCAAAAUAGCGUACAUCCUUUCGAAUAAAUUUGAAAUAACGAUAAAGCAACUCUUUUUAAACCGGUCUAACGUAAUAUUUCCUUUCGUAAUCGAGAAAACAUAGUAGAAUUUCGGUGGUAUCUGACCGCGUAUUGUGCUCCUGGCGUUUUGCAGCAUGGCGGACGCAGCUCCAGCCGGUGGUCGAGGCGGAUUCCGUGGCGGUUUCGGCCGUGGUCGGGGCCGUGGUCGUGGUCGCGGCCGCGGACGCGGUCGUGGACGCGGCAAGGAGGGCGAGAAGGAGUGGGUGCCCGUCACGAAGCUGGGGCGCCUGGUCAAAGACGGCAAGAUCAAGUCACUCGAAGACAUCUACCCAUUCUCCUACCCAAUCAAGGAGUUUGAGAUUAUUGACCACUUCCUGGGCAGCUCGCUGAAGGAUGAGGUGCUGAAGAUCAUGCCGGUGCAGAAGCAGACGCGUGCCGGUCAGCGCACCCGCUUUAAGGCCUUUGUGGCCAUUGGGGACUUCAACGGCCACGUGGGCCUGGGCGUCAAGUGCUCCAAAGAGGUGGCCACAGCCAUCCGUGGAGCCAUCAUCCUGGCUAAGCUGUCCGUCAUCCCCGUUCGCAGGGGCUACUGGGGGAACAAGAUCGGAAAGCCCCACACCGUCCCCUGCAAGGUGACCGGCAAGUGUGGCAGCGUGCUGGUGCGGCUGAUCCCGGCGCCUCGCGGCACGGGCAUCGUGUCCGCUCCAGUGCCCAAGAAGCUGCUCCACAUGGCGGGCAUCGAGGACUGCUACACCUCGGCCCGCGGCUCGACGGCCACCCUGGGCAACUUUGCCAAGGCGACCUACCUGGCCAUCCAGCAGACAUACAGCUACCUGACUCCGGACCUGUGGCGGGAGCGGGAGCUGAUCAAGUCCCCCUACCAGGAGUUCACAGACUACCUGAUGCACGCCCACCGCCCCGUGGGCACGGCCCGCACCAUGGAGAGGCCGCCCCAGUGAGGACGGAAGCAAUAAAAGGGCCUCAAGAACAGA